AUGGAUCACCGCCACAAGAGGGAUAUAUAUACUUCGCAUACGGAGCGUAGUAGCUCGACACAGAUUCGCCAAGUGCAGAAUGUUGCUUUUGCCGAUGCAACGGCCAAGGCUAAUGUUAGGCCAUGGACAAAGGCUAUGUUCAAGCUGUAUCUCUGCCUCUUCAUCGCCACACUAAACUCUUGCAUCAAUGGAUACGAUGGAUCGCUCAUGGGAGCCAUCAACAGUUACCCUCAAUACCGAGCGUAUUUCGGCUUCGACACCCACGAAGGAACCCCCACUACUGGAAUUGUCUACGCCAUAUACACCAUCGGAAACCUUGUCGGAUCAUUCGUCGCUGGUCCGGCUACAGAUUUCAGGGGAAGAAAAUGGGGAAUGUGCAUUGGUACUUCGAUCAUCAUUCUGGGUGCCUGCAUUCAAGCAACAUGUGUCAACCUUGGUGGUUUCAUGGGUGGUCGCUUCGUCCUCGGUUUCGGCGUCGCCAUCACGUCGACUGCCGGUCCUGCCUACGUAUCUGAGAUGGCACAUCCAUCGUACCGCGGCGUCUGCACAGGUAUCUUCAACACCUUCUGGUACGUCGGCGGUAUCCCAGGCUCGUUCGUCCCAUACGGGACCAGCAAUAUUCCCGGCACGUCGUCCUGGCGUAUCCCGCUAUGGCUCCAGAUGAUCUUCGCCGGCACAGUCUUUGUCUGCUCGCCGUUCUUGCCAGAAACUCCUCGAUGGCUCAUCGCCAACGACAGACAUGAAGAAGCGCUCGACACCAUGGCGCGCUUCCAUGGUGAAGGGAAUCGCGACUCACCCAUCGUCAAACUGGAAUACAAGGAGAUGGUCGAAGACAUUAGCGUCACAGGCUCCGAUAAACGCUGGUGGGACUACCGCGAGCUCUUCAACUCACGCGAAGCCCGCUACAGAACCAGUCUUGUCGUUUGCAUGGCGUUCUUUGGUCAAUGGUCUGGAAACGGGCCUGUGUCUUACUACUACCCUACCAUGCUCCAAGGCGCUGGUAUCAACAACAAUCACACUCGGCUCCUAUACAACGGCAUGCAAAACGUUGUUUCCUUUGCCGGCGCAAUAUUCGGUGCUGUCUAUACAGAUUCCUGGGGCCGACGCCCUCAGCUCCUUGUCUCGACCGCGCUGCUCGUUGGCGUGUUUACCAUUGUCUGCGCACUCGUUGCUACGAAUCUUCAAACGGGACCGGAUGGGAAAUACAUAUACGAUGUAGAGACCGGCACGCCUUUGAUCAAACGACCUGGACAGGCGAGAGCGGUGAUUGCGUUUGUCUUCAUCUGCGGAUUCAUUUACUCGACGGGGUACACGCCGCUGCAGCAGUUAUAUCCCGUGGAGUGUCUGCGGUACGAGAGUAGAGCAAAGGGAAUGGCGUUCUACAACUUCUGGGUCAACAUUGCCAAUUUUUACAAUACUUUCGUUACAGGCAUCGCGUUUUCGAAGGCCGGGUGGAAGUACUACUUCUUAUUCAUAUUCUGGGACAUGUUCGAAUUCGUUAUUAUUUACUUCUUCUUCGUCGAAACUCGGCGCCGCACCCUCGAGGAGAUCAGCGACAUCUUCAACGCAAAGAAACCCGUCCAACAUUCUUUGAACAAAACACGCAUCAUCGUGCACGGGAACGGGAGAGGAGUAACAGAGAUGUUGGAUAAAGAGGAGAUGGUCAUGGAGAGAGAUUUUGGUGUCGACACGGAUCUGCCAAGAGGACGAAAUGGAGAGAGGAGAACGAGGGAUUCGGCAGGUAGUGAGGGUAGACUUGUGAGCCAAGAGUCUGUGAGGGAAAGUCUGAGGGAUAGGGUCAUGGAUCCGGGGAGAGGGAGUGCGGAGACUGAAGGGAGAGGGUAUGGAAGGUAUGAAACGAGUGGUUGGGAGGAGGACAGUGCAAAGAGGUAUUAG